CCCUAGCUCGGCCUCGGCGGCUGAUUUUCUUUGCCCUUUCUUCUCUCCGACGAUAUCGGCGGCAGCGAAGUGUAGGCCGACAAAAUCACGGUAGCAGAAGCAGCAGACAGGAGGGGAAGAUGUCGUCGCUGCGGAAUGCGAUCCCGCGGCGCGCUCACAAGGAGCGCUCCCAGCCGGAGGCGAGGAAGAAGUUUGGGCUUUUGGAGAAGCACAAGGACUAUGUCGUCCGGGCGCGGGCUUACCACAUCAAGGAGGCAACCAUCGCGAAAUUGAAGGAGAAGGCAGCAUUUAGGAACCCGGAUGAGUUCUACUUUAAAAUGAUCAACAGUAGGACUGUUGGUGGAAUUCAUAGACCUAAGCCUGAAGAUAAUAAGUAUACAGAAGAGGAACUUCUUCUGUUGAAAAAUAAAGAUAUGGGAUAUAUCCUUCAGAGCAUUCAAAGUGAAAAAAAGAAAAUCGAAAAGUUAAGCUCAACACUUCAUGAACUGGAUAACAAGCCUCAAAACAAGCAUGUUUAUUUUGCUGAAGACAGAGAAGAAGCGAAAGAAAUACAAUCAAGGAUAGGACAAAGCAACAACAUGCCUGGUCUUGACAACAUCCCUUCUCGUAUAAAGAAAAAAACAGCCUCUUCAUACAGGGAGUUAGAAGAGAGGAAGCAGCGGCUUCAAAAGCUUGAGAAAUUGUAUGCAGACAUGGCAUUGCAAAAAGAAUUGAAGAAACCUGGACGCAAGAGGAAACUGAAACUCAAUGAAGAUGAGGAGACGGAUAAUCAAACAUCACAGCCUGUUUAUAAGUGGCGAGCACAGAGGAAGCGGUGAGAUGAUAUGAAUGGGUGACAGAGUAAGGAAAAGGCAAGGCAUUAGUAGUGGAAGCAUGGUCAUAGUGGCGUACUUGCUGGCGAUUGAUCAGCUCUUUUUCGAUCCAAAAAGACUUACCUGCAAAAGUAGCCCUCCGCAAGAACUACUAUGGCUUUGUCAAACUGUUGGAGUGUUGGGAAAAAAGAAUUAGGAUAAGAUGUAAGAGUAACUUUAAUUUAUACAAGAUCAGAUUCUGUAUGAUUCAAUCCUAUGUAUCAUGUCUCAAUUCAUUGCUCUCUAUGCUGUUGAAUUCACCUAGUGAUGUGCUGUUGAAUUCGACCCAACAUCAACAUGUAUCAUGUCAAACUAUUGAAUUUGAUCCAACACCAACAUGUAUAAUACCGUUGGGCUUGA